AGAGGAGGAGGAGGAGGAGUGUGUGUGCGAGCGUGUGUGGCUGGGGGAAGCCAUUGCCUGUUUAAUAGUUGCUGUUGCUGCACUUCCGCUUCUCUCCCAGCGAGAGAGAGACACGAGUGGCCAGGCCCAGCCGCAGCCGCAGCAGCAGCCGCCGCGGCGGCACGGAGGAGCCAGACACAAAGAGAGGGGCUGUUUGCGGGGUGGGGUGGGGGGUUCGCUAUGUCGGAUGACGAUUCGAGGGCCAGCACCAGCUCCUCCUCAUCUUCGUCCUCCAACCAGCAAACCGAGAAAGAAACAAACACCCCCAAGAAGAAGGAGAGUAAAGUCAGCAUGAGCAAAAACUCCAAACUCCUCUCUACCAGCGCCAAGAGGAUUCAGAAGGAACUGGCAGACAUCACUUUAGACCCUCCACCUAACUGCAGUGCUGGUCCCAAAGGUGAUAACAUCUAUGAAUGGCGAUCAACCAUUCUGGGGCCUCCAGGAUCCGUGUAUGAGGGUGGUGUAUUCUUCCUUGAUAUCACUUUUACACCAGAAUACCCCUUCAAGCCUCCAAAGGUUACAUUUCGGACAAGAAUCUAUCACUGUAAUAUUAACAGUCAAGGAGUUAUUUGCUUGGACAUAUUAAAAGAUAAUUGGAGUCCAGCACUAACCAUUUCUAAAGUUCUCCUUUCUAUCUGCUCCCUUCUUACAGACUGUAAUCCUGCUGACCCUUUGGUGGGAAGUAUUGCCACUCAGUAUAUGACCAACAGAGCAGAACAUGACAGAAUGGCCAGACAGUGGACCAAGAGAUACGCUACAUAAAUUGGGUUUUCACAAUUCUUACAUUGUCUGUCACAGAGAGCUGCUUAUGAUUUUGAAGGGGUGGGGGAGGGUGGGAGUUGGUAAAGAGUAGGGUAUUUCUAUAACAGAUAUUAUUCAGUCUUAUUUCCUAAGAUUUUGUUGUAACUUAAGGUAUCUUGCUACAGUAGACAGAAUUGGUAAUAGCAACUUUUAAAACUGUCAUUAGUUCUGCAAUAUUAGCUGAAAUGUAGUACAGAGAAUAGACAUUUGGGUUCAGUUGCUUGUAGUCUGUAAAUUUAAAAUAGAUUAAUUUUGUACAGGUUACACACAUGGCCAUUUAUGUAAAGUCCUUCCAAGACUACACUUUUUUUUUUUUUCCCAAAAAAAAUUGGAAUUUGUUUUCCCUUCUUGGGAGGGAACAUUGAUAUUUAACAGUUUUUAGAGACUGUCAUCUCAUAUAUAUAAAAUGGAUACGUGGCUAUAAGACACCAUAUAGGAAAUGAGUAGUUAUGUAUUUUAUUUUAUAUGCCAAUCUACUUUAUUGUGACAAGAGGUUUGAAUCACGACUUGUGAAAACCUGUAGUAAAAUACCUUAAGCUGUUAACUGUAAGGUGUGGAAUAGGAGUUGCUCAGUGGAUUGGUUAUAUGUUGUGGACUACUUAAGUCUGCAUUUGUUACUGUGCUAAUAAACAAUAUUAAAACAA